AAUUUUAACGAUCAUUUUAAAGAGAGAAAGUAGAAGCUCUCUCCCUGUCUCUCUUUCUCUCACCCGUCGCAACAAACACCAAGACUUACUUAGAGAGAGAAAUUAAAUGCAGAGCUCCAACCACCAUUUCCAGCAAUCAAACAUGUCCCUCUCACAUUCACACUCCACUUUUAAUUAGCCUCUCUCUCUCUCUCUUAUCUCCCUCUUCAGCCUAAGCCUGUGCAUUUUUCUGUGGCUGGGGAGAGCUUUUGGGGAUUUCCGAUGUGGAACUCGGCAGAGAACGUGUUCGCGAGAUCGGGGUCGUUUCGGGAGGGAGGGGACGAUGAGGAGGCGCUGCGGUGGGCCGCGCUGGAGCGGCUCCCGACCUACGCCAGAGUACGGCGCGGCAUUUUCAGAAACGUCGUCGGAGACACUAUGGAGAUCGACGUCGGCGAGCUCGAGGCUAAGGAGCAGAAGCUUCUUCUCGACCGGCUUGUUAGCUCCGCCGACGACGACCCCGAGCAAUUUUUCGAUCGCAUGCGCCGAAGAUUUGACGCAGUAGCAUUGAAUUUUCCGAAGAUCGAGGUCCGAUUUCAGAACUUGAAGGUUGAAGCUUUCGUCCACGUCGGAAGCAGAGCGCUGCCCACUAUUCCCAAUUUUGUUUUUAAUAUGACGGAGGCCCUUUUUAGGCAAUUGCGAAUAUACAGGGGGCAGAGAAGCAAAUUAACGAUUUUAGACAACAUUAGCGGGAUUGUAAGACCUUCAAGAUUGACAUUACUAUUGGGUCCACCAAGCUCCGGAAAGACUACGCUACUAUUGGCUCUUGCCGGACGCCUGGGAACCGGUUUGCAGAUGUCAGGGAACGUCACGUAUAACGGACAUGGCUUAAAGGAGUUUGUCCCUCAGCGGACAUCUGCUUAUGUCAGCCAACAGGAUUGGCACGCGGCAGAGAUGACUGUAAGGGAAACUCUUGAGUUUGCCGGACGAUGUCAAGGUGUUGGAACCAAAUAUGAUAUGUUAGUAGAACUUGCAAGAAGAGAGAAGUGCGCUGGGAUAAUACCCGACGAAGAUCUUGAUAUAUUCAUGAAGUCAUUAGCUCUUGGGGGGAAGGAGACAAGCCUUGUGGUGGAGUACAUCAUGAAGAUUUUAGGGUUGGACAUAUGUGCUGAUACAUUGGUUGGAGAUGAAAUGCUCAAGGGAAUCUCAGGGGGGCAAAAGAAGCGGCUUACUACAGGGGAAUUAUUAGUAGGUCCGGCAAGAGUUCUGUUCAUGGAUGAAAUAUCAACUGGUCUUGACAGUUCUACUACUUAUCAAAUCAUCAAAUAUCUAAGGCAUUCAACUCGAGCACUUGAUGCAACCACUGUCAUAUCUUUGCUUCAACCUGCUCCAGAGACCUAUGAGUUGUUUGAUGAUGUUAUACUUUUGUGUGAGGGCCAGAUUGUGUAUCAGGGACCCCGCGAAACUGCUAUUGAUUUCUUUUCAUAUAUGGGAUUUAGAUGUCCACUGAGAAAGAAUGUGGCAGACUUCUUGCAAGAAGUUAUAUCAAAGAAGGACCAAGAGCAGUACUGGUCCAAUCCUGAUCUCCCAUACCGCUAUGUGCCACCAGCAAAGUUUGUUGACGCUUAUCGUUUAUUUCAAGCUGGGAAGACUUUGUCUGAAGAACUAGAUGUUCCUUUUGAUAAACGCUAUAACCAUCCUGCAGCUUUAGCUACGUCUCUCUAUGGCAUGAAGAGGUGUGAGCUUCUCAAAACAAGCUAUAACUGGCAACUUCUUCUAAUGAAGCGAAAUGCAUUUAUCUACGUUUUCAAGUUCAUUCAGCUUCUUUUUGUUGCUAUGGUCACAAUGAGUGUUUUUUUCCGGUCAACAUUGCACCACAAUACAAUUGAUGAUGGAGGCCUAUAUCUUGGUGCACUAUACUUUUCCAUGGUUAUUAUUCUUUUCAAUGGCUUCAUGGAGGUGUCAAUGUUGGUUGCCAAGCUUCCGGUACUUUACAAGCAUAGGGACUUGCAUUUCUACCCUAGCUGGGUCUAUACCAUUCCGUCCUGGGCCUUAAGUGUUCCAAAUUCAUUCAUAGAGUCUGGUUUCUGGGUGGCAAUCACAUACUAUGUCAUUGGAUUUGAUCCUUCAAUUACUAGAUUCUGUGGGCAGUUCUUGAUAUAUUUCUUGCUACACCAGAUGUCAAUAGCUCUCUUCCGUCUUAUGGGAUCCUUGGGUCGAAAUAUGAUAAUUGCCAACACUUUUGGAUCUUUUGCUAUGUUAGUUGUUAUGGCUCUUGGAGGAUACAUCAUCUCAAAAGAUCAUAUACCAAAGUGGUGGAUAUGGGGCUUCUGGUUUUCUCCCUUGAUGUAUGCUCAAAAUGCAGCUUCCGUAAAUGAAUUCCUUGGACAUAAAUGGGAUAAGAGAAUUGGAAACGAGACCAUUCCAUUAGGCGAGGCAUUGCUAAGAGCACGCAGUUUGUUUCCACAGAGCUACUGGUUUUGGAUUGGUGCUGGUGCUUUGCUUGGAUAUACAAUUUUAUUCAACAUGCUCUUCACAUUCUUCCUAGCUUACCUUAACCCCUUGGGGAAACAACAAGCAGUAGUCACCAAGGACGAGCUUCAAGAGAGAGAAGGGAGAAGAAAAGGAGAAACUGUUGUUAUUGAGCUGAGACAGUACUUGCAGCAUUCAGAGUCAUUAAAUGCAAAAUAUUUUAAGCAGAGAGGAAUGGUGCUCCCAUUUCAACCACUUUCCAUGUCUUUCAGCAAUAUCAAUUACUACGUCGAUGUCCCUCUGGAAUUGAAGCAGCAGGGCAUUCAAGAAGAGAAAUUGCAGCUGUUAAGUAAUGUCACUGGAGCAUUUAGGCCUGGGGUGCUUACAGCAUUGGUUGGAGUAAGUGGUGCAGGGAAAACCACCCUCAUGGAUGUAUUAGCUGGUCGAAAAACUGGUGGGACGAUAGAAGGGAGCAUUCAUAUAUCUGGUUAUCCAAAAAGACAAGAAACUUUUGCGAGAAUUUCUGGUUACUGUGAGCAGUCUGAUAUUCAUUCCCCCUGCUUGACUGUCCUGGAAUCGCUUCUCUUCUCUGUUUGGCUUCGGUUACCAUCAGAUGUUGAGUUGGAGACACAAAGGGCUUUUGUAGAAGAGGUGAUGGAACUAGUGGAGCUCACUCCGUUAAGUGGGGCGUUGGUUGGUCUACCGGGGGUGGAUGGUUUGUCUACAGAACAAAGAAAAAGGCUAACAAUAGCUGUUGAGCUGGUUGCCAACCCCUCAAUAGUGUUCAUGGAUGAGCCAACAUCAGGGUUGGAUGCACGUUCUGCAGCUAUUGUGAUGAGGACUGUGAGGAAUAUCGUCAAUACUGGACGUACUAUCGUAUGCACAAUCCACCAGCCUAGCAUAGACAUCUUUGAAUCCUUUGAUGAGCUCCUAUUUUUGAAGCGUGGAGGAGAGCUCAUAUAUGCUGGUCCACUUGGUCCCAAGUCUUGUGAUAUCAUCAAGUACUUUGAGGCAGUCGAAGGAGUAGAAAAGAUCAGGCCUGGAUAUAAUCCUGCCACAUGGAUGCUUGAUGUUACUUCUACAGUUGAAGAAAGUCGUCUAGGGGUGGAUUUUGCAGAAGUUUACCGAAGUUCUAACUUGUUUCGACAUAACAAAGAGUUGGUUGAAAAUCUAAGCAAGCCAAGCGCCAAUUUGAAAGAAUUAAACUUUCCAACCAAGUACUCUCAAUCAUUUGUCGAACAAUUUCUCACCUGUCUUUGGAAGCAAAAUCUGUCUUACUGGCGAAACCCUCAGUACACUGCAGUUCGCUUCUUUUACACUGUCAUCAUCUCGUUGAUGUUAGGAACAAUUUGUUGGAGAUUUGGAGCUAAGAGGGAUACACAGCAGGAUUUAUUAAAUGCCAUGGGAUCCAUGUAUGCAGCAAUCCUAUUUAGCGGAAUCACCAAUGCCACUGCUGUUCAACCUGUUGUUUCUGUAGAACGUUUUGUUUCAUAUCGAGAGAGAGCUGCAGGGAUGUACUCAGCUUUACCGUUUGCAUUUGCUCAGGUGGUUAUAGAGCUCCCUUAUGUGUUUGCACAAGCAAUUUUCUACUGCACAAUUUUUUACUCCACGGCCUCAUUUGAGUGGACUGCUUUGAAGUUUCUUUGGUACAUAUUCUUUAUGUACUUCACAAUGCUGUACUUCACCUUCUACGGAAUGAUGACAACUGCUGUCACCCCAAAUCAUAACGUGGCCGCUGUAAUUGCUGCUCCAUUUUAUAUGCUGUGGAACCUCUUCAGCGGCUUUAUGAUUCCUCACAAGAGAAUUCCAAUAUGGUGGAGAUGGUAUUACUGGGCAAACCCGGUAGCCUGGAGUCUGUACGGCCUCUUUGUUUCACAGUACGGCGAGGAUGAGAGUCUUUUGACACUAGCCGACGGAAUCCAUAAAAUGCCUGUAAGGCAGUUACUCAAAGUAGGGUUUGGUUACAAGCAUGAUUUUCUGGGUGUAGCCGGCAUUAUGGUGGUCGGUUUCUGCGUGUUUUUCGCCUUUAUUUUUGCCUUCGCAAUAAAAUCAUUCAACUUCCAGAGGAGAUGACAUGUCUGAUUUUUAUACCACAUUGCUUCAGUUCUGGGAAUGUUACUUGUAUUACAAGUAUAGCAGCUUCUCCUGAAGAAACAGUUGAGGUAUAUAGCCACAAGAUUUACAUUUAUAUAUAUAGGACCAACUUAUUUGUUUGUUUUAGAUCGAGUGCAGAUAACAGCCGGUGGACUGGCUGGAAAUUUUCAUUUGUAAACUAAUUACUUGUUCCAUACUUUUGGUUUGAACGCAUUUCUUCAACUUACCGAAUAAAAUGUCGUCGUCUUUUUUGUUUUCUAA